AUAAACUAACCCAUCCCACCAAUAUUGAAGAAGAAAUAUCCUAGGAAGAAAGAAAAAUGGAGAAGAGGAUGAUUUCUUCAAUGAUCGUGAUAAUGAUGUGCAUAACAUCGACAUGCCUCACCCCAUUGGCAUCUGCCAAAGCUGGAAAAGCCUCCUAUUAUACCGAUUAUACUCCAUCUUCAUGUUACGGGUUCGAGAAUCAAGGAACUUUGAUAGCGGCGGCAAACCGUGCAUUGUUCAACAAUAAGGCUGCAUGCGGAAGGAGGUACAGGGUCACAUGCACCGGCCGGACAAACCAAGGCGUCCUACAGCCGUGCCGCGGCGGAAGCGUGACUGUUAAGAUAGUGGAUCUGUGCCCUGGAUGCGCUGCCGAUCAGCUUGAUCUGUCUAAGGAAGCUUUCUCCGCCAUCGCCGAUCCUAAUGCCGGUCUCAUCAACAUCGAUUAUGUCCAGGUUUGAAGCUGAAUUUGAAGGGAAUAAAUUGUGGUUUCAAGAUGCCAUGCCUACAAAAUAUAUUGGUUUUGAUUUCCUUUCCUUAUAUCUUCCAUCUCCCACUAAUAAAUAUGGAUUGAUCGCAUGUUAUUAUGUAUGUCAAAUAAAUAAUGAAAUGAAUUAAGUACCGGUGUUUUAUGUUCA